UGACACUGAUACAUUGUCACCAGUUCCAAAGGCCAGGCUGCGGCGGUGGAAUGGAAGCUGCAGGCUGGCUAGAUCCUUCUGUUUAUGUGAGAAUAUUUGGUUUUGUCUUAAAUGGUAUUUUGCAUUUCGAGCUCGCGCUGUCGAAAUUCUCCCGCUCCCCGAAGCCCCUCUUGGUUUAUUCCGUUACAGUUGUUACUGAGGUUUUUUUAAAAAAAAUGUCGUGUUUUUUUUCUUUUGUUGAACUGCCCUGGGUAAAUAGACUCGCAGUCCCGUGAAAAUCAAGGUCUCGCUCUCUGCUGUUUGCGUAAACCUGCACAUUCACAAAACUCGUAAAUGCGGCCACGUUAAUUAUGUCCUAUCCGUGUUCGUUUAAAUUUAUUAUUUAGUUAUUGGGUAUGUGCCGCCAUCCCGUCAAAACAUCGGCAGCUGCAGAAAGUGCGCUUGUUUGGUUAUGGGCACACGUUUUAUUAUUUUUUUAAAAUUUGCUUUAAUAAUAAAGGCGAUUUAUUGAGAGCUGUCAACAACUGCUUCCCACCAUCGCACCUUUAUGCAAAUGUGCAUGAUUACGCGUCAAAUCCCCUCCCCUCCCUCCCAUCACACGAGGAUGUGCUUGUUCUUACCGCUGACGGAAUCGAGAUUUUGUGUGUGUGAUGUAUGUGUUUUUAUAUAAUGUGUGUGUGUGUUGAGGCGAGGAAGAAGCCCCGCCGCUGGAGGUUUUUCCGGCUGAGAGCCCCAUUGGAGGGUACAGCUGGCUGCCCCCUUGACUGUUGAGUCUGGCCCCGGCCCUGGCCAGCUGGGUCAGUGUUUACAUCGCCCCAUCGGCAACCUGCAGUUGGUCGUCGGCGCCCCCUUGAUGGACUCCUGUUCCAAACGUCACCGCUGUGCUGUCAAUCGACCGUCGAUAUUUGGAUUGGUUGUCCUUCCUUCAAGCAUCAGGCCUGCGAUUGGUGUAAACAUAUUCACCACACUAAAGACAAUGCGGAUACCAGUGACAGUGAGAGCAAGAUACAGUUCUGUAGCAUGAAAUGCUUAAACCAGUACAAGAUGGAUCGAUUUUACAAAGAAGCUCCAUCUAGCCUGCCAAUGGAUGUUACAGACUCUCCAUCCCCUAUAAUAACAAACAAUAAAUUGGAGAAUGGCGUGACGCAGCUCAUUACAGCAGAGGCUUGGAAUAUCAAUCCUACAGGUAUCAUGAGAAAAGCACUUUCCCCUUUAGUUGCAGUUCCAGCUUCUUCUAUAAUGACACCACAAACUGAACCUCCUAGUGGAGUCUCACUUAAGUUGGCUGCUACAGUACUCCAACCAAUUUGUUUAGGAGAUAAUCCUAUGGUCCUACCAAUCCACUUGCAGGUGGCUGGUAGUUCAACGCCACAGGUACCUCCUGGUAGUAACGCACCAUGGGUGAUGACGAAUCAAGGUGCAGUGCCACUGUCUGUAUUACUGGAACAGCAUUUGAUUCAACAUUUAAAUUCUCCACUACUGUUGACUUCACCUACCCCAAGUCCUGUGAACUCUGCCCAGAACCACAUUCUUCAAGGUGCUGCUGGUUCUUACAUUCAGACCCAACCACUGGGGCAAAAAGCCUCAAAUCAAGCACCAGAGUAUGACUUGACACCACCCCUUCAGAUCCCUGGUUUUCCUACAGUUCUACAGGAUUUCUUUCCUCCACACAGCAUACCAUCAGUCCCGAAUGUUCAGUUGGGCCCUGAGAAUACGUCAACGGGUUUUUCCUCAUUUCCACACCAGAACCUUGGUGGUGUGCUUUCUCCGUUAGUUCCCCCUGCCACUCUUCUUGUUCCAUAUCCAGUGAUAGUUCCUCUUCCUGUCCCAAUACCAAUUCCCAUCCCCAUUCCUAUCCCCAUGGCCAAGGAUUCAGAUCUUAACAAACAAGCAGACAUGCAGAGAAAAACUAACUUCAGCAACAGCACCACAAACAGAGCAACCCAGACAUCAACUGAAAAAGAACAAAAAAUCUCGGAGUGUCUUCAGCACCAGGGAGUACAAGAUUAUCAACACACCAAUUGCAAGUUCAAUGCUGAAGCAGAAGCUCUUGAUCUUUCAAUGAAAAGAACAUUUGUAGUAAAGAAAAAUGAGUUUUUUUGUCAACCGAUUGAACAGGAUGGAGUGUUGGAUUUAUCAAUUGCAACCCCCAAGAAACUGAAAGAAAGUCAGAACAUAUCAGGUAAUGCAUCUUCUAAUCCAUCAGCUAAUUUGUUGAAUGAACCUCUGUCACAUCCUAACGAAUCCUGGUCCAAUGGAGUACCACUGUUAAGUGCACAGAAAGUGGAAGGAGUGUUACACGCCUCAACUAACAGCUGCGAGUUUUCUAGCCAGCAUAAGUGGGUAGUGGAUCAAAAUUACAAUAGAAUUAGGGAUGACUCGCGAGCUGGCAGUAAUACUGACACCUUGAACAGCACGGAUACUACGAAAGUCAUUGUGUCUGUAAAAGAUGCCGGCCCAGCUAUUCUCUGUGGUAAAAUAAAAACGGUUGUUGGAGUAUCUACGAAAAACUUUUCCUACAAGACAGAUUUAUCACAGGAGUCUGUGUUGCAGUGUUAUGAUGUCAAAUCACAGCUUGAUCUCAGAGACAGCAAAAAAAACAAUAAAAAUAGAAGCAUAAAAUUAAAGAAAAUGAACUCGCAGGAUUUCCAUGUCCUUCCAAUAAAAAAACAACGAUUAGCUGCCUUUUUUGCAAGGAAGUAACAUUUGCCAUUUUACAGUACUUCAGGAAACAAAUCCUGUAAAAAGGAGCAAACUGGAAUACAGAUUAGGUUGAGGCAUCUGUUUUGAAAUGAAUUCCUGUCGUAAUGAAGUUUUAUGGAAUAUUUAUUAAAUAAACUUUUGUUUGAACCUUGCCGACAGCUUGUAUUGAAACAAAAUUAGAAUAAUUUUCAGUCCCCCUCCUAUUCACACAGGAGCUUUGGUAAAUGGCCAGUAGUUGUAAAAACAAUUACAAGGUGUAUUGUUUCAUAUCCUGAAAUAUUUCCUGUUGAACCCAUGACUCUGCAGGUGUUAAAUCUCUCUCCUGGCUUGGUUUAAGCGCUUGUAUAAAAGUCAGUUCACUUCAUCAUUAACCUAUUUAAUGUCCAGGCCUGUGACUGGAAGCAACACGUAUCAGCCCACAUUAAAAUUAAUGAACAGUUGUUUCUUUGGUUUUCUUCCCCCUCCUCCAAGAGAGUGGUUAAUUUUGUCUGAGUAGUAUUUGCAGAAAUUAAAACAAAAUUCAUGAGGGCAACUGUUCCAUCUGAAUCCAUUCAAUAGUGUAUGGUGUAAUGUCAAUGUUGUACUUAAUUUUAUUUCACCAUAUUACAUGUGCCUAAUUUAGUAUAAUUUACAAGAAUGAUAAAUGAUUGGAUUUCCACCUGGUUGUUGACUGUUGUUUUUGAACAGUUAAAAGGAAUUGGUAAUGUGUUACUUGCCGAUUGUUAUUGCUGCAGUCUAACCAUGGGAGUCUCCAAUAGUGUUUUAACAGCACUAAUGGCCAAUAAACUGGUAUCUUUUGUAUCGUUCUGAAAUUCUGACUCUCCAGUAAUCUGAAGAAAACAAGUUUGACAAAUCUACAACUGCCACAGAAGUAAAAUUGGCCAGAAGGCAACAGAACUGUCAGCGUAACCAUGUUUGUAUCCAUAAUUUUUGUGUGCCUCAUUAAAUGAGAUGAUGUCUGCCUAGAUUAAUAUUCCAACACAGUGAUUUCCAUGAACUCUUGAAAAUUCAUCAUGGAUCUUCAAGCUGAUUCAAUCAUCAGUCACUCAGUUUAACUUUGUAUGAAGGUCUCUUGAGGAUUCAUACGAAACUACACUUGCAUUCUACCUAAGCCAAUCAUGUAACAUACAAAAAAUGUAGUGUUAGAAAUGUCUUGCAUCUCGUGUAGAAGUAUGUACUUUAAGAGAUCAGUUAAGAGUGGAUGGUAGUCAUAUUCACAUUAACACAAACCCAGACAGCAGUUUCUGCAGUACUCCUGAGGGUGCUUGUGCAAUAUUUUAAAUAAUGAGCAUAUUGUACAUGAAUGCAAAGUUUUCACUUGUGUCUCCAUUGUCAUCAUUGCAAACAUGAGUGCACUGGUCACCAAUGCUUACCAUAGAAAGUUUAUAUUUCCUGUGUGUAAUUUAAAAAUAUUUAUUUUGUACAUUUCUUUCAAGACUGCAUUGUUUUCACUGGGCUCAGAUCAUCAGUUGCAAAAUCAAACUGAAUAACGAGUAAGAUUAAAUGUUUAAGAUUACUGCAAUCCCUUCAGUAUUCUCUAUUCAGCCAAUUUAACAAGGCUACAGAAAAUGAAGUCCUUACUUGACUGGGAGAGUUAAGUUUUCUUUUAAAUUUGUUUUUUGGAGAAAAAAAUCAAUGUGAUGAUUAUAUUAAGUUUGCAGUUUAUUCAGAAUAGUUAAAAACCUAAUGACUAUAGUACUUCAAAAUUGGCAUAUAACAAGACUUGUAAUUAAGCCUUCUUUCAAGAAUUCUGAACUUGAAAGUGAUAACUAAACUGUAUUCAUCAUAAUUAAAUGAUUUUCUUUGGGGAAAAUAUGAUCAGUGUAGUGUUAGAAAAUGCAGUUUAAAAAAAAAAGUUGAGGGUAAAAUGUAAAAACUUAUUAUGUAGCCAGAAUGACAUCAAAAAUUAAUUUGUUUCAGAAAUUAUGGUUUCAGAAAUAGUUUGUAUUGUAUUUUAAUUUUGCACUGUUUGAGAUGAAAGGCUGAACCACCAAAUUAACCAUUUUAUUUCAAAUUGUGCAGUAGUUUUAGAAACGUGUAUAGAUGGUUUUGGAGAAAAUUUAAAACAUACAUUCAACAAGAUGUCAAAUAUUACUUUCAAUUGAUAACCAUAUGCAAAUAGUCCUUCAAAAGUAAUUCUUCUUACACCCUUGUGGCAAAAAUUGACAGUGGAUUAAAAUGCAUACACUUCACUAAUUUUGAAGAAAUUAUUAUGAAGGUAUUAAAGAGAUUUGACCACUUGAUGUGUGUAUACUGAAAGGUACAAAUCUCGGACUAGUUUUUUUUGUUUCAGUUACUCUUUAGGUGGGGUCAUUCCAUUUUGAUUUCUUCACUACGAUGUAUGGUAUGUGGUAAUUCUUAAUCCUUUUAUGGCGCAUUAAAUGUACAAUCUAAACCUUCAAUAGAAAUCAUUCUAGGAGCAAUUUCAUACAAGUCCAACCAUGUAUCAAAUUCUUAAUGCUUUUUGUUCUGCUUAUAUUUGCUUCAUUGAACCAGUUACUUAAUCCUACAAAUUAUGUUUGUAGGGUAAUAUGCAACUGUUCCUGAACUUAGUGGUGUGGGACUAGGGCUUCUGUACCUCCUACCUGAUGGUAGUUGUGAGAAGAGAGCAUGGCCUAGAUGAUGAGGUCUUUGAUGGAUGCUGCUUUCUUGUGGCAACACUCCAUUAUAACUGGGCUGUAUCCACUACUUUCUGUAGCCUUUUCCAUUCCUGGGCAUUGAUAUUUCUAUACCAGGCUGUGAUGUAGCCAGUUAAAAUAUUCUCCAUUGUGCACCUGUAGAAGUUUUUCAAUGCUUUAGGUGAAGUGCUGAAUAUAUGCGAACUUCUAAGAAAGUAUAAGUUUGCUGCCAUGCCGCCUUUAUGAUGAUACUUUUUGUGUACUGGUCCCAGGACAGAUCUUCUGAUGGUAACACCAAAGAAUUUAAAGGUACUGACCUUUUCCACGCCCAGUCCCCUAAUGAGAACCGCCUUGUGCACCUCCAGCUACUUCCUCCUGUAGUCAAUAAUCAGCUCUUUCUUAAAGUUGUUCACUCAGUCCCCAUAUCUGCUGGCUCCACAUUCUUCAAUGGACAGGCUGCUCAUUCUUGCUGCUGCAUUCAGUGUCCUGUGCUCCUUGCCUCCAUUUUGCAGUGACUCUGGAUUCGCCUUUCACCCAGCUGUAGGCUCUCUGGACUUAAUUGCUCUUGGCUCCGGACUUUCAUUCCUGUCUUGCCAGCUGGAUUACAGGUUCCAACAAAAUUUAAUGGCAAGGCACCUUCCAUUUAUAUUCCUGGCUCACUGUAAACAGCCCAUUCUUCCUCAAUUGUUUGUUUUCCCUUAAGUAACCUUGAGACAUUAAGGACCAAUAAGUCUUGGGCUCACUUCCUUUCCAUUUCCAUGCAAAUUUUGGUUGAUGCUCCACAACUAGAUCCCCCCCCCCCCAUAAGAUCUUCUCUCCUUGCAUCUUUCUGUCAUGAUACUUACUUCUCCUUCCUUGAGUACUUUGCUUCCAAUUACUACCUCGACACUGCCUUCGUCUCUUACUUGCAUCUCAAACUUAUAAACAAACUUUGACAAGUCUACAGCCACUCUGCCUCUCCUUUAUUUCCCAAGGGCUCCAGCAAGGCAUGUCACACAAGCAAAAGCUUCAACUGCUCCACUUGCUCAUUAUUUUCUUGUUCAGUAUAUUUGCAGGGAGCUAAUUUCUCCUAGCCCCAUCUCCAUACUAUUCCCCAGUCAAACACUCCUCAUUCUUCGUCCACCUCUGAAUCUAUAAAUUUCAUUAAUGGAUUACUCUCCCCUCCAAACAUGUACCAUAAAGACAAUUCACAUGACUGGAUACUGGGAUGGAAAAUUUCAAUUGCAUUCAUUCAAGUUCUAGUAAUUGUAGCAUUUUGUUGCCUGUAAAUAUUCUAUCUGAAAGAGCUCAAAUAUCUUUAAUUUAGUUGAAACUGGAUAUGGAUCCAACAUAGCUUCUGAGUUGCUAAUCAAUUGGCAAUAUUACUCAAGGAUUGACUUCUGGGAAUUGUAAAAAUGUCACAUUGGUGCAGAUGUAAAAAUAUGAUUUAGAGGUAACUGUAUCUAAGCACACUGUACCUAAUUUGGGAUUAAUAUGGACAUUGUGCAUGUUAUUUGGGUGCUGCAGUUAACAAGGCAAUACAUCUUGGUUUGUUUAGAAUUACAAUUUAUGAAAGUGCCAGGUCUACGGUGUACUUGAUAAGAAUUUUUGAAGGAUUAUAUGAAAUCCGGCUAAGCAAAUGUGUUUAAGGUCCAUCUAGGGACCAGAUAACUCUUGUGCUGUGUUAAUUUUGGUUGCCAUUCUGGCUUUGCCUUAUUCUCUCUCCCCUCCCCCCCCCGACCCCCUGACCCCAGUGAUAAUAGUACAAAAUGUGCACAAUGAGCUGUUGAAAUCUGCCUUAAAUAACAAUGAGUGAUAGUAAAAUUAAUUGCUUAGCAAAAUGGAAUAAUGGUGUUUAGAAAAUGUUAUUUAUGGCAAAUUUUUAAAUGUAAUUUGUAUUUUAUUGUUAAACAUUGAGAGAAAUCUAUAUAUUCUAAAUUAAUCUUAAUUUUUUUCCAGAAGAUGGCCAAAUGAAUUAGCAUAGUUUGUUAUUCAGCAUCAUUGUAAAUGUGGUGUUCUUUAAUAAAUUAUUAUAUAUAGUUGUCAAUCUGUAGUCCUAUUAUUGACUAAAACAGGGAAUAAAAUUACAAUAUGCUAUGGUUUUCUAGAUGUGAUGGAUGGGUGUGGAAAUCUUUAAAUGCUUCCUCUACCACAAUACACACUUACCUUUGCUAUUUUAUCUGCCAGUCAAUAAUCCUUAAUUUGGUGAGAGAAGAGCAAAUUCUCUGAAUCAGUAUAAUUUGGUAUAUAUGCACACAGAACAAUCCCAUGAUUGUAUUGAGAUGUAUUGUACACUAUUUCCACCCAAACUAAACAAAAGGACAGGAACUAUAAUGUUCUAUACCUGUAUAUUUUUGUAGGGUUUUACAUAUGCCUGUGGUUAAUUCUCAGAUGCUAAUGUGAAUGAUAUGAAAUUUAAGUCUCCCAGUAUAAAAACAGUUAAAAGUUUGUGCAUUUCAGAAAAGUAGUGCCAUGUUUUGAACUCCAAAACGUGAAACUAAUUGUGGGGGGAGGGGGAACCCAGAGCCGGGAGAUGUGUGUCUUAGUUUCAUUUUACUUUAGUGAGGUGCGCACUUAUGACGUGAUGGUGUAAUUACAUGUUAUUCACGUACAUUGGCAUAACAUUUGUAAUGAAUUCAAUAAAGAAUGCUUUAUCAAACAAUAUAUUUAUAAUGACUCAAAUAUUACUGAAAUAUUCAAUGUACAACUCUCCUCCUUGUUUAGCUAACUCCAACUCAAUAUAGAAUGCAUCUCACCUUCACACACCCGUGUGUGUGUGUAUAUGUAUAUAUACCCACACCUUUCUCUUUCCCCCCUCCAAGCAAACUAUCGUGACAUUGACAACACAGUAAAUUUUAAAUUGUCCCAUUUUUAAUUGUGAAGGAUUUGUUAUUCUUGUGGGAAAAUGUCUACCCUGAUAAGGUCACUCUGUUUGGCAGGUGAGACUUGUGUCUGUAAAACAAUCUUGGGUUCUGUGGCACUUGCAGGAGUUGACUCUGGAUUGCAGGAAGUCUUAACAGCUCUUGAUUUUUUUUUUCUUUUCCAAGAUGCUCUUGGCAUUUUCUGGACAAGUUAGCAACCCAACACUGCAAGGCAAGCUACUCGAUCUGCAGAUCUAUCUCAGGCCACCUGACAAAGCUUUCGGCCAAUGUUUUCAUUUUAACCAUGCCUCGAUGACUGGCAUGGAGCUCCUCCAACCCUUUAGUGCUCAGUUCAGAUAGUACACUCUCAAUCCCCACAUAAAGGCAACCCCUAUGAAGGGCAUUUUCAUCCCAGUGCUGGUAAAACUGGGGGAAAAUGGAAUUUCUACAUGUUCUAGCCUUUUGGUUUGCCAUAUUGACUUGAGCCAGUGUUUGGGUUUCCCUUUUGAUCACCUCUGCCAUAACAGGAAGACUUUCAAUUUGCAUUAGGAAGAAUACACCAAGAAAUGUCCUAUUUUGUAUGUAAAAUUUUCAGGUAUUUUCUUUUCCAAGGGUAAACGGGACAAUCCAUCAGCAUUUCCACGAUCAGUCGUCCUUUUGAACUUGAUCUUGUAAUUGUGUCCUUGAAGAAACAGCCCACCUCUGCAUUUGUGCUGCUGCUGUUUUCAACACCCUUCUGUGGAUUGAAAAUGGACACUAGUGGUUGAUAAUCAGCAAUA